CAUCCACCCCCCCUCGGCCUGGCCCAGCAUGUCCUCGACCCGCCGCAUGCGCGGCACGGCAAUACACCGCGCCCUGCUCAUCGGCAGCACCGCGACGCCCCUAUCGUCCGCCGAGCGCCUCACCGCGCCGCCCGACCACACGCACCGCUGGACCGUCGCCGUGCGCUCCGCCGCCUCGAACCCGCUGCCGACGCUGCCGGCGACGACGACGGGCAUGCCUGUCGCCGCGGGCUCGUCCGCCGCUGCCUCGUCCAGCGUCAUAGCUGCAGGCGCAGCGCAGGAGGAGGAGGGCAUCAGCACGCGCGGCCGCGACCAGUCGGACUUCCACCGCUGCGCCGGCGGCAAGGACGACAUCAGCCACUUCAUCAAGCGGGUGCAGUUCAAGCUGCACGACACGUACGCUCAUGCCACGCGCAACAUCGACCGCGCGCCUUUCCAGGUCACCGAGACGGGCUGGGGCGAGUUCGAGAUUGCCAUCAAGAUCUUCUUCGUGCCCGAGAGCGGCGAGAAGCCGCUGCAGACGCACCAUCACCUCAAGCUGCACCCGUGGCACCCCGUCUCGCGGCCUGUCGUGGCGCCGCCGCCAGCUGCGCCAACAGAGGCAGCGCCGACAGAGGGAGCCGCAGGCGCAGAGGCCGACGCCUCGGCGGACGUGAGCAUGGCCAGCGUGGAGGAGAAGGCAGACGAUGCGCAGCCGCAGCCGCAGGCAGAGUCAUCGCAGCCAGCUGCGACGCAAGAGAGCAGCGAGUCGCAGUCGAAGCUCGUGGACCCGCCGCCGGUCGUGCACUCGUGGGCGUACGAGGAGAUCGUCUUUCCGGAGCCGCUUGAGCCGUUCUACGACAUUCUCAUCGCGCACCCGCCGACGCCGCUCUUCUCUAGCUCGGCGCAGGCGUUUGCUGAUCCUUCGGCCUAUCGUUCCUACCUCUCCUUGCUCUCUUCGCUGCCCGCCUCCGAGUCAGCCGGCGUCGGUUUCGCGCCGGACGCCCACCAGCUCGGCUCCGCAGCAGCAGCCUCAGGCACGCUCCUGCCACCGCAUCCUCUGCACGCUUCGACCGGCGCUCUCUUCGAUGCGCUGUCGCUCGAGGCCGUCGCGCACGAGGCCGACCGCCUCGACGCCGCCCGGACAAUGGCGGUCAGAGAGCUCGAGGCAUGCCGCGCGAAGCUCAUCGAGAGCGAGAAGAAGCUACGCGAGGGCAAGAAGCGGCUGGAGAGCGGCAUGGCUUGACGUCUCGCCGGUGUCUCCCCUCGCGCCCGCUCCGACUCGGGCCGUACUCCUCUGCAGCGCUUCCUUCGCCACGCCUCCCGGGUUCAUCAGUCACGCAUCGCCGCAAUACCAUCACAGCAUCUCACAUCCGUG